CCCUCAACUCAUGGCUAGAUUACUUCAAUAUUCCUCCUUCUCCCUUUGUUUCCAUUCUAUAAUUGUGGUCACAGUAUUAGGUUCUAUCCCAAAGCUUAUUCUUUCAUCAACUCUAUACUCUGAUAUCCAAGUGCUUCGCACCCUGAAGCGUUCUGUCGAUCCCAGCUCCAUCUCCCCAACAUCUUACCUUACUACCUGGGACUUCAUUGUGGAUCCCUGUGAAAGUACAGGUAAACAGUUUCUCGGAAUAGUAUGCAGUAUUCCUCUAGACAAUACUAGCGCUCCUAGUAGAAUUAUAGCAAUUGAUCUAGAUAGCGUUGGAUAUGAUGGGUUUCUGUCGCCGUCGAUCGGGAACUUAACCGAGCUCACCACCCUCAGCCUAAACAGGAACAAGUUCCGCAGAACCAUACCAGAAUCGAUCUCCAAUCUUAAAAAGCUCACCCGGCUUUCACUGGCGGACAAUUGCCUCACAGGCACCAUUCCUACAGAAAUCACUUUAUUCAAGAAUCUUGAAUAUCUAGACAUUUCAGGAAACUUGCUCACUGGCUCAAUUCCAACUAAUAUCACCAGAUUACGAAGCUUGGCCUACUUAAGUUUUUCAAGCAACUCAUUCACAGGCACAAUUCCUGACCUCGCAGGGUUGUGGCAGCUUGAAACUCUAGAUCUUUCUUCCAAUCAACUCUUUGGAAAUUUGCCACAUUUUCCUACGAGAUUGAAAACACUGUUGCUAAACAGCAAUAUACUUUCAGGCCACAUUUCUCGUGUUAAGAUGCUCAACGACCUUAGACGACUAGAUCUAAGUGACAACAGGUUUUCAGGUCACAUAAGCAAGGACAUUGUUUCAUUACCUAGGUUGGUUCACCUUAAUGUUUCAAUGAACCGUUUCACCGCAAUAGGGACGCGCAACUUUUCUAGGGAAGAGACACAACUUCAGGUGCUUGACGCAGAAAAAAACAAUCUCCAUGGUCGUCUGCCUAUAAAUUUGACCACAAUUCAAAAUUUAGACACCAUUAAUCUAGCGCAUAAUCAAUUGGCUGGGCCAUUACCAAGAGAAUAUGGAAAAAAAUUAGAGAAUUCUUGGAGAGUCCUGUACUUGGAUCACAACUUUCUAUCAGGAAAUGUUUCACAAGAGUUCAUUGUUCACGCACCUCGGAUCGAAGGCAGCCUUUCCAAAAACUGCCUUAGGUGUCCAAUGUCAACAACCUUAUGCCGAGGAGGGCAAAGGUCAGCUUCAGAAUGCAUUCAGGUACAAUAAUGGCAGCGAAGUACGUAGGAGUACUCGUCAGAUCGAUCAAAAUCGUAUUGCAAGCAGAUCAAUCAUGCGGGGGGAAAUUAGUAGAAAAGUUGUCUUUCAUGCAUUUUCAAGAAAUAAAUAAAAUCCUUGUGAAAAUGGAAACCACGUAGGGAUCUUUCAUAAAUGAAAAAUGCUGAAGACAGUCGCUCCAUACAAACGGUGGGUAAACGGCAUGGCACGUCAACUGAUAUUUAUUAAAAAAAAAAAAAGAAAAUCAGAACAACAAAACUCUGUUUUGUAAGAAAAUGGAUUCCCGAUGCUCUGGUCAAAAGCUUCUAUCCAUCGAUCUCGUCUUUGGCUUGCUUCGUGGUGUUGUUCCUCUCAGAUUGUUUACUUGCGUGGUGUUGUGGUUUUCGACUUCUUGCGUUGUGGUCUUCAAGUAGAUCUGUGCUCACCCAUUCAACACCAUCAUCUUCCUCAUGUGGGUAUUCGGCUUCAAAUCAGCAAGAUGCCAUUUGUAGACUUCAAACGAGCAUUUUUGGACCUUAAAAUAUCCCCUUCAU